ACCCCAUCAUUUUUGCUCAUUUGCAGUGUCAGUUAGCAGAGAAAAUACGCAACCAUCUAACUCACUGUCAACUGCAUAGCGAUGAAUCGCUUAGGACGACGUCGCUUUCGGCUUUCGAUACUGGUAGUCGUCUCCUUGCUCGUCUUGACUCUCGUGUUGACUGCGAAUGCAACGAGCGAGGACGACGAAGUAGAAAACGAAGCGGUUCCCUGUCCAUCACAAUGUCUGGACAUGAAUCUAGCCAAAGACAAACGGUCACCUGGUGCUCAUAUUUUUUAUUUGGUCUUGUUGCACAACGAGCGGACUGUUCAAGAUGCUCUGCCCCUAUUUCGUUCGAUUCGAGAUCCGCGCAAUACCGUCGUUUUUCACGUUGAUAAGAAAGCGAAGCAAUUACUCCUACCCGAGAACGAAUCCAUAAUGGCAUUGCGAAGAGAGAUUGACUCUUGCGCGUGCGGUAGUACCGUGCGGAUCGAUUCGGUGCACCACGUGGAGUGGAGCAAAUGGAGCAUGAACUUGCCCACGCUUUGGGGGAUGCGAAUAGCCGUACGAGCCUACGCUGCAAUCGAUUGGGACGUAUUUAUCAAUCUCUCCGGAGACACCUUGCCCGUCUACGCGUGCGACGCAAUGGCCGAAACCCUGGACAACUUGCCGUAUAAUUUCGUGACCAGCCGCUCCUGCGAAACGGGUCUCCUACCCACCAACGUUUACAAAUUCCCCUCUUGGUGGCAUAAGCGUUCUCACUAUACACGGGAAGGUACCGAACCAGACCCCGUCAUUGUGUACACGGAUAAGAAAGGGGAGACUCGGAAUCAAACAAUGGUCACGCAUUUUGGUAGUCAAUGGGUGAUAUUACAACGGAAAUUUUGUGUUUGGUUGGUGGACGAAAUGUCGAGACGUGACUCGUUGCCGUCCAAGUUUGCCGACUACUUGCAGAUGUCGGGGAAACUCAUGACUGACGAAACCUUCAUACCGACUCUUAUUAUGCACAUGGAUCCAGACCUGGCACAGUUACCGAAACUUUAUCCCUCGUACGAUACCGAUGAUGAUGAGGAGGAUGGUGGCGAUGCCACCGAAACACAACAAGUCGUCCUGUGGAAGAACCAGACACUCUCCGACAUUACCGACGUUCGCUACGAACGAAUGGAUGAACAUAUACCAACCGCCUUUGGAAGAUUUUGGACUCAACAGCGAUACAUCGUUCCGGAGGACUCCCUAGCGGACGAACCCCGCGCAUGGGGACCGUACUUUUUGGGUGUGUACGAUUUGGCCAAUAUCCGAAAGUCGGGAGCCUUAUUUGUGCGCAAGGUUUCGUUGCACGUUGACCCCAAUAUGGUGCAACUAUUGCCCGUAUCUCGACGAGAGGAAAUUCCAGAAAUACAGUGGCCGAUCGAAGUUAUUGUAACCGAAAAGCCGGACUGGCACCGUCGUUUCCAAGAGAUCCAAGCC